CUACACUGAUGAUCAGUGCCCUGAUGAUCAGUGUAGCCCUAUCAGUGCCACCUGUCAGUGCCCAUCAAUGCCACCUGUCAGUGCCCAUCAAUGCCACAUACCAGUGCCCAUCAGUGCACAUCAAUGCCACAUAUCAGUGCCCAUCAGAGCUGCCUUUCAGUGCCGCCUAUCAGAGCCAGUCAGUGAUGCCUAUCAGUGCCACCAAUCAGUGCCACCUAUCAGUGCCAUGCCACCUAUCUGUGCCUCCUCAUCAGUGCCCAUCAGUGUAGACUAUCAGUGCCCAUCACUGCAGCCUCAUUAGUGCACAUCAGUGAAGGGGAGAAAUUACUUAUUUACAAAAUUUUAUA